AUGUCAUUCAGAAAUCUGGUAGAUGGCGAUCUAGCUUUUAUAAAUCAUACAUCCGUAUACCAAAGUUGUAAUAUCCAAGUUCAUUUAUUUGUAGGGAGUCAAAUCGUUUGGUUGGUGGGCUCCUCAAUAUUAAAGCGGACACAAACAGAAGCGCUACUUAGGCCUGGUGGUUGCGGUUUGAAUCUCGGUAGGGUAAAUAUAUCUUUAUGGUGGCAGGGUUACAGCGGUCUAGCUCUUAUGCAGGUCGUCAAUAAAUUAAAAUACUUAAGUAGAUUUGGUCCACAGCCAAGCGCCAUUCUACUACAUUGCGGUGGGAGUGAUUUAGGCCAUACAUCCAUAAGAAAAUUGAGGUUACAGACAAAGAAAGUUACAAAAUUUAUAAAAACAAAUUUUCCUAAUGCUAGGAUUAUAUGGUCUUGCGUUCUACCGCGCAUUGCAUGGAAAUAUUCCCACAAUAGGCCCAAAAUGGAGGAAGCACGCCGGUGCCUUAAUCCCUUUGCAAGCGCUUUAAACAAGUCGGAAGGGGGUGUCAUUUCAUAUCCAGAUAUCAAACCACAACCCACAUUUUUACACAGUGAUGGGGUUCAUCUAUCCAAACUAGGGAAUUCAAUUCUGUUAAACACACUACAAGGAGGCCUAGAAGCUAUACUAUGCUACAAUGUUGUAUACUUUCCGCAGUAG